AUGAAUGCACUCAAUGAUCUCAUUAGCAUCAUAAAUCGUCUCGAGACGCCAAUGCCAGAAUUGGAAACCAUCAAAGCUGACAAGCUGAUGUUGUGGCUAAAUAAAAAUCAGGUCUUGAGCUUUCUGCUGCGCGAGAAUCUUCACCAACCACAGUAUGCGGAAAAAGUGACAAAAGUUGUGCAGUUCAUCACAGAAAGCCACGAACUUUCUCUAAAGGAUCUUCAGGAGAUUUGGGACGCUCAAGCGGGGCAGCAUGAGGCCAUCGUAAAGAACGUGGAAAACAUGCUGGAGAAGCUCGUGGGUCAUCUUACGUCUGAGCAUUUGGAUCACCUGUUUGUUUGCUUCGGGAAAGACUUUGAAACGGCGAACAGACGACAGAGGGAACGUCUAAUCGAACUAAUUAGGCGUCUGGCGGUAAAAGAACGCGAAUCAUUCGCCAUGAAAGCACUCGAUUUUCUCUGGAAACUGGCCACCAACCCCAUCCUCUUCAACGAGGUUAUGCAAACAGCGUUGUCCGCACACAAACAGAUUUUGGACUCAUGUCGAGAGCAAAAGCCGUUGCUGGAGUGGUUGAAUCGAUUCUCGGCGAUCCUAAAGGAGGAUUCUAAUGACUAUGACGUUGUAUGUGCGUGCAGGCAGUUCUACGAUGUUUGUUCACUCUUCCCCCAGUACUCCGAGGCUGAAGUUGUUAGCCAGCAAGCCAUAAACGAUGACCUGAUCAAUGUUUGCAUCGGUAACCUGGAGCACUACAUGCAGCGUUUUAAUGCGCCGCUACUCUCCCCUACCUCCUCUCCCCUUGAUCUGACUUCGAGCCCAUCGUGGUUUGAUCCCGAAGAAAAUGAGCUACUGCGGGAGUAUGCUUUGGCCUUCUUCGAACAAAACAUCCUGAAAAUUGAGCCCCAGCGCCUCACACCGGCUGUAAUGAAGUGA